AUGGAGCACGAACACACCGCGCAACGGCUUCAUCACCAUUCGUCUCGCCUGGGAAGAUAUGUUGGCACGUUUUUGGAGCUUCUCAACCCGGUGCCACAACUUUCAAAAGACCCGGAGAGGCUGCUCACGGAAGAACAACGCUCAUUUCUUGAAACUACAGCUGAUCCUCGCAAUGCGUACCUGGUUUGGCAAGGAGCAAUGAAAGUCGCAAAGGAAGCUGGAACUCACGCAGAAUACGUGAAUCCUGAAGUGUUACUGCCACGGGCACUGCAUCAAAUUGAAUCGGCCACCCGCGCAGGCAAGUAA